CCUCUGCCAAGUCCAGCUCCUGUCUGCAACUGCUCUAGCUCUUGCUUCCAUCAUGAGCUGUCGCCUGAGCUCCUCUACCAGCUAUGGAGGUGGUUUUGGGGCUGGUUCUUGCCAGCUUGGAGGAGGCCGUAAAAUCUCAACCUGUUCCUCCCGAUUUGUCUCUGGAGGAUCAGUUGGAGGCUAUGGAGGUGGCAUGAGCUGUGGCUUUGGUGGAGGUGCUGGUAGUGGUUUUGGGGGUGGCUUUGGAGGUAGCUAUGGCGGGGGUUUCUGUGGUGGCUUUGGUGACUUCGGAGGUGGCGAUAGCGGCCUCCUCUCUGGCAAUGAGAAGAUCACCAUGCAGAACCUCAAUGACCGCCUGGCCAUCUAUCUGGAGAAGGUGCGAGCUCUGGAGGCGGCCAAUGCUGAUCUGGAGGUGAAGAUUCGUGACUGGCACAUGAGGCAGAGCCCAACCAGCCCAGAGCGGGACUACAGUGGGUACUACAAGACCAUCGACGAGCUCCGGACCAAGAUUCUGGCAGCCACCACUGACAACAACCGCAUCCUUCUGGAGAUCGACAAUGCCAGGCUGGCUGCGGAUGACUUCAGGCUCAAGUAUGAGAAUGAGCUGUCCCUGCAUCAGAGUGUGGAGGCCGACAUCAACGGCCUGCGCAGGGUGUUGGACGAGCUGACCCUGUCUAAGACUGACCUGGAGAUGCAGAUCGAGAGCUUGAAUGAGGAGCUGGUCUACCUGAAGAAGAAUCACGAGGAGGAGAUGAAGGAGUUCAGCAACCAGGUGGUAGGCCAGGUCAACGUGGAGAUGGAUGCCACCCCUGGCAUUGACCUGACCCGUGUACUGACCGAGAUGAGGCAGCAGUAUGAGGCCCUUGCAGAGAAGAAUCGUCGGGAUGCUGAGGAAUGGUUCCAGAGCAAGAGUGCAGAGCUCAACAAAGAAGUGUCCUCUAGUGCUGCCAAGAUCCAGACCAGCAAGACAGAGAUCACAGAGCUCAGGCGCACCCUCCAGAGCCUGGAGAUUGAGCUACAGUCCCAGCUGAGCAUGAAAGCUGGCCUGGAGAGCACCGUGGCAGAGACAGAGUGCCGCUACGCCCUACAGCUGCAGCAGAUCCAGGGUCUCAUCAGCAGCAUAGAGGCCCAGCUGACAGAGCUCCGCAGUGAGAUGGAGUGCCAGAACCAGGAAUACAAGAUGCUGCUGGACAUCAAGACACGCCUGGAGCAGGAGAUUGCCACCUACCGCAGCCUGCUUGAGGGCCAGGAUGCCAAGAUGCCUGGCUUCCCCUCAUCUGGAGGAAAUACCGGCUUCAGUAGCACCACCUCUACCUCCAAAACCUCCAUCUCCACCUCUGCCUCUGCUUCCGGCCGAGCCAGUAACGAUGUCCGCAGGUUUUAACUCUGCCUGGCAUCCCUUCCCUCACCUUCAACAGCUACAGGAAGAGAGCUGAUGGUGUCUGUGGGAGGGAGAGUGUGGCAGGAUGUGAAGCCAAGUCCCUCUGCUCCCAGGACCCCUGGCUCUGACAACCCCUGAGGGUGGAUCAUCCCUGUUCUCUCCUGGUGGAUUACCUCUCUUCCCGACCCUGCUCCUCCUAC